AUGGCAACAAACCAAGACAAAUUCAUGGAAACACUUGAAAAAGCAUGGAAAGAUGAAUUUGAAGUAGAUAUAUGGCUCCAAGCAACUAAAGAAAGCCCGGUCAUACCUUGCCAUAGGAUCAUCUUAGCUGCUGGAGCUAAAACCUUUAAGGAGUUUUUAGAAGAUAGUGAAGUGCAGCCCCCAUAUCUUAAGGAGAAACCAGUACCUAUUAAUAAUCUUACUCAUGAACAGCUACUACAGUUUGUUAGGUUCCUCUAUACAGGUUCCUUGGAACAUAUGUUUCUCACGUUCGACAAUGCUGUUGCUUUGUACAAGGCAGCCAACAUGUAUGAUUGUCCAUUACUCAAACAAUUAUGUGAGGAAGAACUCACUCGCUUGCAGAAGUUAGAUCAUACCACGGCAUCAAAGAUCGAUGACCUUGGACAGACCUUUCAAGAUACGAUGCUCUUCGAAGAUGGUGACAAUUAUUAUCAAUAA